UGCGUGUUGAUUGUGUCCCCUUAGCAUCAAACGAGAAGAGAGUCUCUUUUGAUAAGAAUUUCAUAUCGACAUACAGCCGAAAUUCUCCAAACAGCUGCUGAUGUGAUUGAUGGAGUUACAGAAUACGUAGGUGUCCUUCUUGCGGUGCGGCAGGAUUGGCAAGUGGGCGAAUCGACCCCGAAAACAAGGUGGAGUGACAGAAAGGGAGUCUGUUUGUGUAGCAAGCUAGAUAGCUAGCUAGUUCUAGAGGGUCUCAGACAAGGAGGACAAAAAUACUGAAAUAAAAUUAGACAACUCCCAUUCCUAGCGGGAAGGGCUGCGGCUGCCCUUAUCCUGACCAGCCUGCCGACAUGGCUCACCUCCGGGACCUGCGGAACCAGAACUCGCGGCUGGACCCCGAGGAGUACUUCACCAAGCUGGAGCGCAUUGGGAAGGGCUCGUUCGGGGAGGUGUACAAGGGCAUCAACAACCGCACAAAAGAGGUGGUGGCUAUCAAGAUCAUCGACCUGGAAGAGGCGGAGGACGAGAUCGAGGACAUCCAGCAAGAGAUCACCGUGCUCAGCCAGUGUGACAGCCCGUUCGUCACCAAAUACUUCGGCUCCUACCUCAAGGGGACCAAGCUGUGGAUCAUCAUGGAGUAUCUGGGAGGGGGCUCCGCCCUGGACCUGCUGAAGCCAGGGCCCUUGGAGGAAACCUACAUUGCCACCAUCCUGAGGGAAAUCCUGAAAGGACUGGACUACCUGCACUCUGAAAGGAAGAUCCACCGGGACAUCAAAGCUGCCAACGUCCUUCUGUCAGAGCAGGGCGACGUGAAGCUGGCGGACUUUGGGGUGGCCGGGCAGCUGACAGACACCCAGAUCAAGAGGAACACGUUCGUGGGCACGCCCUUCUGGAUGGCGCCAGAGGUCAUCAAGCAGUCAGCGUAUGACUUUAAGGCUGACAUCUGGUCGCUGGGAAUAACCGCCAUCGAGCUGGCAAAGGGAGAGCCCCCCAACUCGGACCUGCACCCCAUGAGAGUCCUCUUCCUCAUUCCGAAGAACAACCCCCCCACGCUGGAGGGAACCUACAGCAAGCCCUUUAAGGAGUUUGUGGAGGCCUGCCUCAACAAGGACCCCCGAUUUAGACCCACAGCCAAGGAGCUGCUGAAGCACAAGUUCAUCACGCGCUACACCAAGAAGACGUCCUACCUGGCAGAGCUCAUCGACAGAUAUCGGCGCUGGAAGUCAGAGGGUCAUGGGGAUGAGUCCAGCUCUGACGACUCCGAUAUGGAUGGUGAUGGGGAUGACAGAGACCAAUGUCCCAUGUGGACCUUCCCCACAGUACGGCCCAGCUCCAUGAACAAACUACAGAGGAGCUUCAACAAUUCAGACUCAAAGAUGACAGAGGCCGUGAAGAGGCAGCCCAAGUCACAAUGUCUGUCAGCGCUAGUCACACCGAUUUUCAGAGAGCUAAAGGAGAAGCGGCAUGCCAGCGGGGGCAGCUUGGGUGCCAUAGAGGAGCUGGAGAACGCUUUCAGCCUGGCAGAGGAGUCUUGCCCCGGCAUCUCAGACCGUCUGGUCACACACAUGAUGGAGCGGGUGCGGAGGUUUUCGUUAAAUGGGAAUACCACCCCUUCCUCACGGUGAGACCCACCGGCUGCUAACCCUCAACCCCUGCCACCAGAGAGCCAUCUGGACAAAGCCCUCCUGCCCAUCUGGUCCCAGGUGCCACUGGCACUGCCCCCCAGACCAGAGCACUCCCAACCCCCUUCCACUCCCCACAGAUCUUUUAAUUAGAGAUUACAAUGAAAUAUUUUUACAGUUUUCCUUUAUAGAAUGGUGAAUGUUUAAAAAGUAAAAAUGUCAAGCGCUGUGUGUAACAAACUGUUAGAUCAUGUCGUGUACAAUAAACUCUAUGGAAGCGUUGAGACAGAAGGUCUGUUGCUAGUUUUGUGUGCUGUGGCUGGAUUUCUGGCCCAAAAGCAAGCAUGUAUGACAAUGGCUAUUGGCGUCUCGAAGCAUCGAGCACACCCGGAGGAGAAGGACAGAGAAAGCAGAGACCAGGUUACUGUUACAGUCAGCUGAAUUUUAUUUAUUAUCCUUUCACGGUAAUAACAUGACAACCGCUACAUGCGAGGUGUGUGGGAGUGGUUACUCCACCAACAUGGUAAACAAUAAAUAGAAAUUGAGUCAUGAGACUGAGCGAGACGGCAACAUGGCCCUUGGUUUAAAAGAGAAGUCUUAAAUGAGGGGACAAAGAGGACCCAGGAGGAGCCCCUGACCAGUUUCCAGACAGCCCCAGGAACAGCAGAUACAGGAGAUGGAUUGAUACUGCUCUGCGCCACUGACCUCUCAUGUCCACACUAAUGCUGUGUUCCAUUUACCUCCGAAGUCGGAGCUGGGAAUGACGUCACACACUCGGAAAUGACGGCUUCCCAGUUCAAAUGGAACGCAGCACAAGUGAGUGAGAGGGAUUCCAGUCCUUAUACGAAAUACAGAGUUGUGCAAAUGCAAUUUACCAGAGGGUGUUUGGUACUAAUUUAUCAAGACCAGCACGUCUAAGCAACUGUAGUGGUCGUUUUACCAACAUUUUACAAUGAUGGCAUGGCAUACUGGUGAUCUAACCCACAUAUCAUUGCUAAAACUCUGUGUAAAAGAAAAAAAAAACAGGAAACAAAGCAUUCUUUUCCAAUAAAAAAAAUCUAAAAAAAUUACUCCAACAUUAUUCCUGAAUAGAUCUGGCACAGAUAUAGAACUCCUGCAUGUUUUUUCAGUCUUCAAAACAAAGCAUGACAUUUCUAACAAAACAAAUGAAUUAGUCAAAAUAGAGUAUAUGUAACAUUCUCUCCAAAACUAACACUGAACACUGCUACAGAGACCUCCUUUACAACAUUCAUUCAGUUACAUAAUGGCAUAAAAGCCUGCAGCAGCUCCACAUACUCCCCCACUGGACCCCCAAAUAUGUAAUCAUAAAAAUGCUCACUGUCCAAGUUUACUGAACUUUCAUUUGCAAAAUACAUGCGGCAUUCUCAGUCUCUUCAGUAACAAUGGAAUCUACCCUCAACAAAUCUUAAUAGUCCCAAUAUACUUUAGUCAAAAAUGCAUCUGUCGCAUUUUCACCUUCCCUUCUGAUGGUACAAAUACCAUGUUUCACUGGGCAAUAAAUGAUGUUUUACCAUUGUUGCUCAAUUGGUAUGAUGGACUCAAAUUAAAAAAAAAUUGGUUCAGUCAUUGUGUGUAUGAAAGAUAAUGCUGAAAAAUAAAACUGAAAAAAGUGAAAGUGGAUGUAUAACAUGGGGUCUUUUUUAUACUGAAACAUUGACAAUGAAGUCCCACGAACCUCUGAAGUGAGAACUCCCGGGUGGCUUCAGACAGUGUGACAGCUCUGAAUAGUGAAGGGGGACUGCUUAUGGGGAGCAAGUCUGUCACUGUGUCAUGGGUAAUGCACAGCUACUGAAACCCAAAAAGAAGUGCAUCCUGCAGAACAACACUUGAAUUAAUGAACCUUGUGGCACUGGGUACCUUCUUAAGUCCGUUUUUGGUUUUAGAUGAUUUUUUUCCCCCAAAACCUGUGUGAGACCAUAAAAACAGCAAAUGCUGUAUGAAAUGGAAUUGUGCGUAUAUUGUCACAAAUCAUUGAGAGUAAAAAAAUUAAUAGGUCAACAAAUACUUAAA